GCUUACUUUUGGCUCUUCUUACGAGGCAGAAAGAUGUCGGAGACUGCUCCUGUUGCUCCCGCAGCCCCCGCACCUGCGGAGAAGACACCUGCGAAGAAGAAGGCGAAGAAAGCUGGCGCUGCCGCUGGGAAGCGCAAGGCGACCGGACCCCCGGUGUCCGAGCUCAUCACCAAAGCUGUGGCCGCCUCCAAAGAGCGCAACGGGGUGUCUCUGGCCGCGCUCAAGAAGGCGCUCGCGGCAGCCGGCUACGACGUGGAGAAGAACAACAGCCGCAUCAAGCUGGGUCUGAAGAGCCUGGUGAGCAAAGGCACCCUGGUGCAGACCAAGGGCACCGGCGCCUCCGGCUCCUUCAAGCUCAACAAAAAGGCGGCCUCCGGGGAGGCCAAGCCCAAGGCCAAGAAGGCGGGCGCGGCUAAGCCUAAGAAGCCUGCCGGCGCAGCCAAGAAGCCGAAGAAGGCGACUGGCUCCGCCACUCCUAAAAAGAGCGCCAAGAAGACCCCUAAGAAGGCGAAGAAGCCUGCAGCGGCUGCUGGGGCCAAGAAAGUUGCCAAGAGCCCGAAAAAGGUGAAGGCAGCCAAGCCAAAGAAGCCUGCCAAGAGUCCUGCAAAGGCGAAAGCCCCUAAGCCUAAGGCUGCCAAGCCUAAAGCUGCCAAACCCAAGGCCACGAAGGCCAAGAAGACCGCUCCGAAGAAGAAGUAAGGUUGUGGUAGGACGCCCUGCUGUGAAAAUCUCAACGGCUCUUUUCAGAGCCACCCACACAUUCAAUUCAAAAGAGCUGAGCUUUGGGUGACAAUUUAAA